CAAUUUGUAGCCGCCUGCAGCAGACAAGAGGUUUAGGUGUAGUUGUCUUGUUGCUAGUUGAAUUUGGAAACCUCGCGAAGACCAUGACGGCGCCCGUAGGCACUAAGCCCCCGAAGGCAAAAAAGCCAAGGAAGGCCAAGAUUUUGCUUGAAGCUGUUCCUGAUGAUGGACACCCCGGUAACUCCAAAUUCGCUCGGGCGUUGGGCAGCGUCGAUUACCAAACUCGAGAAAAGGGACUGGCCGCGCUUGCGCGCUGGCUAGUACGCAGAACAGACUUGCGGGAGUCUGACAUGAUGAAGAUCUGGAAGGGGCUAUUCUACUGCUUUUGGCACUCAGACAAGGCGCCCGUGCAGUUGGAGCUGGCCGAGCGCCUGGCGGCCAUGUUGACCCAGCUGUCAGAGCAGUCCGCCUACAUGUUCUUCGCGGCUUUCCUGGCCACCAUGCGCCGCGAGUGGUUUGGGAUUGACCGCCUGCGCCUGGACAAGUUCCUGAUGCUCAUCCGCAAAUUCGUAAACCGCAUGCUAGCAUGCCUCCAGGCAGCUAACUGGCGCUCGGACCUGGUGCAGCGCUACUCGGACUACCUCCGGGACCACGUGGUGAACCCCAAAGACACGCUGUCGGCUGCUGGACUGGCCUACCACUUAGGGGACGUGCUGCUUGCGGAGCUGCGGGUCGUUGCAGGGGACAAGCCGGUGCCGGGCGCUACGUUGGCCGCGAUGCUCACGCCGUUCUGCUUGGCGUUGCAGACCGGGGAACAGGCAGUCUUGAACCGGAUUGGGGAGGGCGUGUUUGACACGCUGUUGUCAGAGCUCGCCAACCCCUCGGACGACUCGCCCUAUCUGCAGCAGCUUGACGUUGCGGCGCUGGCGGCGCAGCUCUUUGAGCUGGGUGCUGCGCCCAGCACCCGCGCACGCAACCGGCAGGUGCUGUACGACCUCUCGAACUCGCUGGAGCGCAUGCAGCGGAAGCGGCAACGGCUUGACACUGGCGCUCAGGCGGGACCCUCAACCGAGGCGAAGCCUGCGGGCAAGGCUGCGAAGAAGCAGCAGAAGCAGCGGGUAGCAGCACCGGAUGCGGAGGAGGCUGUGCCAGCAGCGCAGCCAGAGGAAAAGGCUGAGCCGUCAGCAGCAGCUAAGCGGGCCAAACGCAAGGCGUCCAACGCUGACGCGUCGGAACCCAACGGCGUGCAGCCAGACGUCCAGGGCGCCCAAGGGGCCGUAGAGAAGGAGGAGCAGCCCCAACCAAAAGAGCAGACGACUGGCAAGAAGAAGAAGCGGCUCCAGGCGGAAGCGGGCGGCGACGCGGGCGAGACGCCAGCAGCAGCAGCGCCGACGACGGUGUCUACAGCUGCCGGCGUAAAAGCGGCCGGCACCCCCAGCGCAGCGGCGAAAGCAUCAACCCGGGAGCCCACUUCUGGGCAAAAGGCAGCGUUGCGCGCGGCUGUGGCCAAGGUCGGGCAGACGCCUGUUGGCAAGCCGCCUAAGGCGAAGGAGGCCGCGGAGGAGGCCAAGCAGCAGGAGCAGGGCGACGCUGAGGCGACCGCACCCACGCUCACGCCGGCGUCCACGCCGACGGCUGUGAAAGCGUCUGCGCUGGGCAAGCGGGCAGCACCUGGCAGCAUCCUGAAGAAGGCUACUGGGACGAAGUCAAAGCCGCUGGCCAACGGGACGGCGACUAAGGCGGCGGCGCAGGCUGAGGGCGACGGUGCGAACGGGCACGCGCCGCAGACCGCAAAGAAGAACCGCGUUGUGAUCAACCUCAAGAAGAACCUCUACUUUGAGCACGGUGGCCCGGUCCCCGACCCGGACGUCCGCACGCCGCCCCCUGCACGAGCCAAGGGCGGCAUCUUGAAGAAGUCCGCUAAGACGUGCCCGCCCAAGAUGGCGUCGUCAGCGGCGGCUUCCGGAGCCCAGCGGCAACAGCAGGCGGGCGGCCGGGUGCUGCCAAAGAAGGCGCGUCGCGCCAGCGCCGCCCUCUUCUUCUAAGCGUGCAUCGUUGCUACAUGGGGGAUCAACUGGCUGAGGGCGCCGUGCUGUCGCGCAAAUAGCAUAGCCGGAGCGCGAGUUGGAAUAAGAGAGCAUGUGGUAGCCGUUGCGCCCGGUGUUGUGGCCAGGGGAUGGUAGUACGGAUGUCGCAGCACGUGCGAUGUGGAUGUGUUUUGCACGAUGGUCACUGUUUGCAGGGGCCCCGCCUUCUGACAUCAGCUGUCAUCGGACGGUGAGGUACGCAUUGUGAUGGGUGGUGGUGAACAGGCAAAGGAACAGUAUUACCUCCUUGGGGUUGGCUGCCAUGCCAGGCAAAGGCGGUCUUGUAGCGAGGGACCUAUGCAUCCGGUAGGGCAUAGCUGGUAUGGGUGCUACGGAAAUGGACGGUGUCCUUUGGGAAUUGCUUUCGGUGGUCUGAACACAGCAAUUCCUCGUGAAUUGCUGUUGGCG